CAAUCACGUGACUCACUCCAUCGCAAAUUAAUCAAAAUGGACGCACGACACAGAGAACGGAGUCGAAAGUGAUCCUGGAGUGGUAUCUCAAGAUAUCUACCCCUUUCAAUGGCAAGCUGGGCUCUGCCAGAUUGGUUAUGGGCCCAGUGUGAUAAUUGUUUAAAAUGGCGACGUUUACCAGAUGGUAUUAACAGACAGUUACCAGCUAAAUGGUAUUGUAAUAUGAACGCUGAUGCCUCACACAAUCGAUGUGAUAUUGAUGAAGAACUUGAAAGUGAAGAUGAGUAUAUACGACCUAAUCAAAAAACAUUUAAACAAGAAAAGGAAGUACAAAAACGAAAAUCAAAGGUAGAAGAGGAACUGGCGAAAGAAACAUUAAAAGCAAGAGAAGAAAAGCUGCGAUAUCACCUCGGUGGAAGCGGACGUAAAAUACAACUAACCCAUCAUCAUCAGCUGCAAGAAAUGUAUACUGCGGAACUGGCGAAAGAAGCAUUAAAAGCAAGAGAAGAAAAGCUGCAAGAAAUGUAUACUGCGGUUGUAUCUUCACAAGACACAGAAAAACGGGAAAGGGAACUAUUGCAAAAGAAAUUAGAAGAAACUGAAAGGAAAUUAGCACUAGCUGACUUGAAAUUUCCUAUAAACCUAAUACCAAAAUUGCCAAUGGUUGUAAAUAAGACAACAGCUAGUAAUAGUCCUGCGGAGAAAUCAACACCUUCAUCAAAAGGGCAUUCGGAAGCCAAUAAAAGAAAGGUCGGAGAGAUUAGCACGGAGAUAAUAAGUAAACGUAUAUGUAAGAGUAAGAACGAACCGAAUAGCAUCGAUAAAGUCUUAGCGGAAAAUGACGAGGCACUUGAAGGCUGUUCUAGCACACCUAAUAAGAAAGGAAACGCUCCGUCCCUUUCUGCUGAAGUGCUUAGAUUGAAGACCAAGUUACAAAGAACAGAAGCAAAGCUUAAAGACACCUAUAUUACGCUAGAAAAUACAAACAAAAAAUUAGAAGAUUCCGAGCAGAAGUUAGUGCAACAAGAGCUAAGCCUAAAAAGCUUUGAAAAUAAAAUGAAAUAUUCAGAGACGAAACUUCAACCUGCCGAAGACUCAUUAAGAAUGUCAGAAACAAUAGCAAAGAACCGUAGGCUGGAAUUUGCAGAUGCACAGAAAAAGUUAGUGCAACAAGAGCUAAGCCUAAAAAGCUUUGAAAAUAAAAUGAAAUAUUCAGAGACGAAACUUCAAACUGCCGAAGACUCAUUAAGAAUGUCAGAAACAAUAGCAAAGAACCGUGAGCUGGAAUUUGCAGAUGCACAGAAAAAGUUUGAAUAUUUCGAGAAGCAUCUCGGCCACAUCCAAACCACACUAAAAACGACACAGGCAUCACUAGAAGACAAAGUCUCAAGAUUAAAACUCUCAGAGAAGAAGCUUGAAGAAACACAAACGUUGCUUAAAGAUAGCGAGAAGAAAGUUGUAGAUACACAGGCAAAGUUUGAAUAUUCUGACAAAAUGCUACUUCACACCAGGACCACAUUGCAAACUACACAGACAUCACUACAAGACAAAGUCACAAGAUUAAAAAUAUCAGAGAAGCAGCUUGAACAAACACAAACGAUGCUGCGCGACAACCAGACCGCAUUGCAAACUACACAGACAUCGCUACAAGACAAAGAAUCGCAAUUAAAACUCUCAGAGAAGGAGCUUGAACAAACGCAAGCGUUGCUGCGCGACAAGCAGACCGCAUUGCAAACUACACAGACAUCGCUACAAGACAAAGAAUCGCAAUUAAAACUCUCAGAGAAGGAGCUUGAACAAACGCAAGCGUUGCUGCGCGACAAGCAGACCACAUUGCAAACUACACAGACAUCGCUACAAGACAAAGUCAAGAGAUUAAAAAUAUCAGAGAAGCAGCUUGAACAAACACAAACGAUGCUGCGCGGCAACCAGACCACAUUGCUAACUACACAGAAAUCGUUACAAGACAAAGAAUCACAAUUAAAACUCUCAGAGAAGGAGCUUGAACAAACGCAAGCGUUGCUGCGCGACAACCAGAACGCAUUGCAAACUACACAGACAUCGCUACAAGACAAAGAAUCGCAAUUAAAACUCUCAGAGAAGAAGCUUGAACAAACGCAAGCGUUGCUGCGCGACAAGCAGACCACAUUGCAAACUACACAGACAUCGCUACAAGACAAAGUCACAAGAUUAAAAAUAUCAGAGAAGCAGCUUGAACAAACACAAACGAUGCUGCGCGACAACCAGAACGCAUUGCAAACUACACAGAAAUCGUUACAAGACAAAGAAUCGCAAUUAAAACUCUCAGAGAAGAAGCUUGAACAAACACAAACGUUGCUGCGCGACAACCAGACCACAUUGCAAAUUACACAGACAUCGCUACAAGACAAAGAAUCUCAAUUAAAACUCUCAGAGAAGAAGCUUGAACAAACGCAAGCGUUGCUGCGCGACAAGCAGACCACAUUGCAAACUACACAGACAUCGCUACAAGACAAAGUCACAAGAUUAAAAAUAUCAGAGAAGCAGCUUGAACAAACACAAACGAUGCUGCGCGACAACCAGAACGCAUUGCAAACUACACAGACAUCGCUACAAGACAAAGAAUCGCAAUUAAAACUCUCAGAGAAGAAGCUUGAACAAACGCAAGCGUUGCUGCGCGACAAGCAGACCACAUUGCAAACUACACAGACAUCGCUACAAGACAAAGUCACGAGAUUAAAAAUAUCAGAGAAGAAGCUUGAACAAACACAAACGAUGCUGCGCGACAACCAGACCGCAUUGCAAACUACACAGACAUCGCUACAAGACAAAGAAUCGCAAUUAAAACUCUCAGAAAAGAAGCUUGAACAAACGCAAGCGUUGCUGCGCGACAAGCAGACCACAUUGCAAAUUACACAGACAUCGUUGAAAGACAAAGAAUCACGAUUAAAUCUCUCAGAGAAGAAGCUUGAACAAACACAAACGAUGGUGCGCGACAACCAGACCGCAUUGCAAACUACACAAACAUCGUUGAAAGACAAAGAAUCGCGAUUAAAACUUUCAGAGAAGAAUCUUGAAAAAACGCAAACGUUGCUGCGCAACAACCAGACCGCAUUGCAAACUACACAGAAUAAGCUACACAAUGUUGAAAAAAAUCUCGGAGAUGAAAAACACAAUUUAGAAAGUACAGAAACGAGACUACAAGGUUUACAAACAAAUAUAUAUAGACUCUUAUCAAUUGUUGUACCUGAUGUAGAGUUGGGUGAGGUUUCAGAUGUUGAUAACAUCGUAAUUGAUAUGAUAGAUGUCAAUCAAGAAAUUGAAUAACAUUUAGUCUAUGAUAAAAUCGUAAUUGAUAUGAUAGAUGUCAAUCAAUUUGUACUAUAGUGUACGAGUUUACAACUGUCUAUUGAGAGCAGUCCGAAAUAUCAAACGUUGGCUUUGUGCUUUGACGCUCUGGGUUAGUUUUGGUUUUUUUGUGCAAAUCCGUACCACCAACAGUGCAAGAGUUUUUGUGUAUUUUCUGGACGGCGAAACUCUCUAUAUAUUUUACAACCUUUUAGCGCUUCAACUUUCAAGGUCAGGACACCUGACUGGCUGUGUUUUAUUUAUGUUAUCUAUGACCAAAUUAAUUCAACAACAUGUACACUAUGUGGCUAGGCAGAUGUUAAGACUGUUUCAUAUGUAGAAGUUAUUAUUUUUAUAUAACGCCCAACAAAAUCUCAUACUAGUGUUACGUGGUAACAUUUUCAUAUGUGUCCUUAUAUAUGUUUUCAGUGAUUAAGACACACUGGUUCCUCUAUAGUCUGGAGUUCUCUGUUAUAGUCUGGAGUUCUCCGUUAUAGUUCUCUGGUUUGGUCCUGUGGCGUUGGCCGAGAGAGUUCCUCUGAAUUUUCCGGCUUGGUUUCAUCUUGUCAGUGGGGCAGCUGUCUAGUUGUUCGGAUGGAAAAAAGCACGUGGUUUCAACACCCUAAUCAUAAUACUUAACCAGCGUCAAACAUAUAUCCUGUUUCCCAAAUGCUACAAAUCGACCCAAGAUGUCUUGGCGGCAGUGGGAGAGAUAAAUAUUGGGUCGUGCCCCCACGGGAUCUGGCUUCUCGUGCAAAAUCAUAGUGAUCAGUCUGCCCAUUUGCUUUGUAUCCCGAAGUGAGAGAGAGAGAAAAAAAAUGGGGUUUAACGUCCACUCGACACAAACUAGUUCAUUUCGGGACUAACAUGGUUUAAUUUUAUUUCAAUAAUUCGCUUGCGCGUAGAGGUCUUUAGCAGUGGGAGGAAACCGGAGGACCCGGAGAAAACGCACGAGGUUGGGCAGGCGACCCUACUCCUUGUCACAUACAACCGGGGAUUCGAAACCACGCCAGUUGACCCAAUGACAGGCUUUAUGAUACAGCACGCACGUCCUAACCAUUCGGCCAUCCAACCCCCCUGUAUCCCACGAUGGAGUUAAAUGGUUGUACAUGAAACUUGAACCGUAUCCUCUCUGUAUCUUUGCAUGAUUAUUUUUAUCUGUUUACUAAACAAAUUUCAUUGAUCAUAAAUCAUCGAAGGGAUGAGAGACAAGUGAAUUCACGUACAAAGCUCUUCUACCUACAAAUUCAUGGUAAUAAAGCAGCAUUAAUAUUAAAACAAUACUCAUGCGAUAAAUAUCAAUUUUACUUUUAUACUCACAAAUAUAUAUAAUAUUAAAGUUUACAAUUUACUUGUACAUGGAUACAUAUAUUUACGUUUUAUUUUUAUAAUUGUAUUACCUUUUUUUAUGUUCUUAUUUACAUUUAAACUAUACUACUGUUUUUAAAAUAUAAAAUCGUGAUUGUUCACUACCACUGGGUGUGUUACAAUAUUAAACAUACAUUGUGCAAGAGCUAAAUCUGCCAAUUGCCGGUCUUUCUUUAGGCCUGAAAUGUUAUCUAAAUUAUUAAUUAGACAUAAUUAACUUAUCCUGACCAUAAUCAAAACUCGAUGGCAUCGCUAACCUGCGAUAUUUACUGGAUUAGAACCCGGUCUGCUGCUACUGAUUAAAUCAAAAAAUGGAUAAUCGAGACUAUGUUUUUCAUCUUACCGACUCUAAUAAUGAUGAUCGCGGCAGGCCCAAAAUUCAAUCGCUUUAGGGUAGAUCGCUUUGACAGAAAUUUUCAGCAAAUUCCCUUUACAUUAUCUAGGUUUUAACUAUUAUUAUAGCGAGAACUGCCAGCUCUUUAUCUAAUCUCCAAUAAUGUAUCAUUAACUGACUUGUAGUUCUAAUUUACCUCAGUGUAGUAUUCUCAUCUAUUUUAAAUCUUUUGAGAGAUACUGAUAAUAUUUUGCAUAAUUUUUAUUGUCGUGGACCCUGAACAUCAAGACUACCUUCCUUUCAUAUGUUUGUGGACACUCAACAGGUCACAAUUUGUAUUCGAUUUUGACGAAACUCGAUUGAAACAUGGGUUUACAUCCCGAAGAUCUCGGUUCCGUUCAUUAUUUUCCUGGAUGAUCCCUGAUUGAACGAAAAAUAGCCUUUUUAGUUAUCCUAUCCGUCCAUUGCAAAAUGUGGGCAUACCUUGCAUGGCAACUGCUUGUUAUGUAUUUUUCAUCCACUUUUAAUGUAUUUUUCAUUGACAGUGUAUAAUUUACAUGCUGCUCGAAAUGUGUUUUAUGUAAUAAAAUAUCUAUCUUUACACAC